AUGGCUAGAACCGUAGACGACAAAAUGCGCCAGAAAAAGGAGAAAACCAAAAAAGAGCCAAAGGCGUCCGAGGAGAAAGAGCCAAAGAGCGAAAAGACGCACCCGAAGGCAAAGCCACUGUGCCCUGCAAAUGUGACCAAGAAGGUCUACGAGCUUGUCGGUUUGGCAAAGAAGAACCGCACGCUGAAAAUCGGGGUAAACGAAACCAUCAAGAAGCUGAACAAGGGAGACGCUGACUUGGUGCUUCUCGGGGGAAAUGCCCUCCCCUUUGCGAUUGUGGAGCCACUUGUCGUUCUGUGCGAAAACAAGAACCGGACGUUCUUCUUCCUCCCGAGCAUAUCCGCGCUUGGGAAGGCCUGCGGCCUGUCCAGGCCAGUUGCCGCGUGCACAAUCGUAUACUCUGAGGACUCGAGCAUUAGAAAGCUGAUCGGCGAAAUAAGAGAGCAAAUGGUAAAUAUUUAA